ACAGAGAAUAUGAUUGGUUGCUUUGCAACUUUAGUAAAAGUUUCCUCCAAUACGCACCAAUUUAGCUAAAUUUUGUCGACUGCUACAGUGAUUAUAAAUCUGUACGGAAGCCGAGCCUCUUAUCAGAGCAGCCUCUUCACUACUGCUGUCUGCUCGCUGUUGGCCGUGUCGUUAAGUGUUAGUUCUAUUUCUCCUUGAUUUCGUGAACAAGUUCGAAGAAACAGCAACCAUGUCGAAUGUUGGACCCUUCGAUCCUCAGGAUCCAGAUUUCCAGUAUCUGGCCGUGGACCGGAAGAAGUUACUGAAGGAACAGACCCAGCCCUUCGACGGCAAGAAAAUGUGUUGGGUGCCCGACGAGAAAGAGGGCUUUGUAGGAGCCGAAAUCCAGUCCUCUAAAGGAGAUGAGAUUACCGUCAAGACUAUUGAAAAGCAGGAGAACCGUACAGUGAAGAAGGAUGAUAUCCAACAGAUGAACCCACCCAAGUUUGAGAAGAUCGAGGACAUGGCCAACAUGACGUAUCUGAACGAAGCCUCUGUACUGCACAACUUGAGAUCUCGUUACUACCUGGGGAUGAUCUAUACCUACUCUGGACUUUUCUGUGUGGCCAUCAACCCCUACCGCCGCCUCCCCAUCUACACAGAGAGCAUCAUCGCCAAAUACAGAGGAAAGAGAAGGAUGGAAAUGCCCCCUCACUUGUUCUCAAUCGCAGACAACGCCUACCAGUUCAUGGUGCAAGAUCGUGAAAACCAGUCUAUGCUUAUCACAGGAGAGUCUGGAGCUGGUAAAACUGAAAAUACGAAAAAAGUCAUCCAGUAUUUUGCCCACGUUGCCGCUAGUUUACAAAAGAAGAGCGGAGAUGUUGAGGAAAAGAAAGAUACUAAGAAGCUCACCACCCUAGAGGAUCAGAUUGUACAGGCCAAUCCUGUACUUGAGGCCUAUGGUAAUGCCAAAACAACCAGAAACAACAACUCGUCACGAUUCGGAAAAUUCAUCAGAAUUCACUUUGGACCUACCGGGAAAAUCGCUGGAGCAGAUAUUGAAACAUACCUGCUGGAGAAAUCUCGUGUGACAUUCCAACAACCAGCCGAGAGAGACUACCACAUCUUUUACCAGCUGUUGUCUGGGGGUCUGAAGGACAUUAAAGAGCGACUCCUUUGCGAGUGUGACCCCGCCCUGUUCUCCUUCAUCAACCAGGGAGCUCUGACUGUGGAAGGCAUUGAUGACGUGGAGGAAAUGAGAAUCACUGAUGAAGCUUUUGAUAUUCUCGGGUUUACUCAAGAAGAGAAGAAUAGCAUGUACAAGUGCACUGGUGCCAUUCUCCACAUGGGAGAGAUGAAGUUCAAACAGAGGCCUCGUGAAGAGCAGGCAGAAGCUGAUGGCACUGCUGAGGCUGAAAGGGUGGCCUUCCUUUUGGGUGUCAAUGCUGGAGAUUUGUUGAAAGCUCUCCUGAAACCCAAGAUCAAGGUCGGAACCGAAGUUGUCACCCAGGGCAGAAAUAAGGACCAAGUGGUUUACUCCGUUGGUGCCCUCGCCAAGUCCAUUUACGACCGCAUGUUCAAAUGGUUGGUUAUGCGUGUCAACAAGACUCUUGACACCAAGGCCAAGAGAAACUACUACAUUGGUGUCCUGGAUAUCGCUGGUUUCGAAAUCUUCGACUUUAACAGCUUUGAACAACUGUGCAUCAACUACACCAAUGAAAGGCUUCAACAGUUCUUCAACCACCACAUGUUCAUUCUGGAACAAGAAGAAUAUAAGAAGGAGGGUAUUCAAUGGGAAUUCAUCGACUUCGGAAUGGAUCUGCAGGCGUGUAUCGAUCUCAUUGAAAAGCCUAUGGGUAUUUUGUCCAUCCUGGAAGAAGAGUGCAUGUUCCCCAAGGCCAACGAUAACACCUUCAAGGAGAAACUGUAUGCCAACCACAUGGGCAAGUCUCCCAACUUUGGAAAGCCUGGAAAAGCAUCCAAGCCUGGUCUUCCUGCACCUCACUUUGAACUGCAUCACUAUGCCGGAAGUGUGCCAUACAACAUCAAUGGCUGGUUAGAGAAGAACAAGGAUCCAAUUAACGAGACUGUCGUGGAGCUCCUCAGCCACUCCAAGGAACACCUUGUCCAGACCCUCUUCGCUUCUCAUGAUGACCCAGCUGAUGGUGGUGGCCACAAGAAGAAGAAGAAGUCCGCUUCCUUCCAGACCAUCUCAGCUCUGCACAGGGAAUCCCUGAACAAGCUGAUGAAGAACCUGUACAGCACUCACCCCCACUUUGUCCGCUGUAUCAUUCCCAACGAGUUCAAACAACCAGGCGUCAUUGAUGCUGCCCUGGUCCUGAACCAGUUGCAAUGUAACGGUGUCCUGGAAGGAAUCCGUAUUUGCAGGAAAGGAUUCCCUAGCAGAGUUAUCUACUCUGAGUUCAAACAGAGAUACUCCAUUUUGGCCCCCAACGCCAUCCCUCAAGGAUUUGCUGAUGGCAAGGUUGUCACUGAGAAAAUCCUUCUGGCCCUGCAGUUGGACCCCGCAGAGUACAGGCUCGGAAACACCAAGGUCUUCUUCAAGGCUGGUGUUCUCGGUAUGUUGGAAGAGAUGAGAGAUGAACGUCUCGGAAAGAUCAUCUCUAUGUUCCAGGCUCAUAUCCGUGGAUACCUCGUCCGCAAGCAAUACAAAAAGCUCCAAGACCAGAGAGUCGGACUUUCCAUCAUCCAGAGGAACAUCAGAAAAUGGUUGAUGCUCCGCAACUGGCAGUGGUGGAGACUGUACUGCAAAGUCAAGCCUUUGUUGAACAUUGCUCGCGCUGAAGAGGAAAUGAAGAAAAAGCUUGAGGAAAUGGAAAAGAUCAAGGAAGAACUUGAGAAAAUCAGCCGCAUCAAGAAAGAGCUUGAAGAGCAAAACGUAACCCUUCUGGAACAGAAAAACGAUAUUUACCUUCAGCUGCAGACCGAGCAAGACAGUUUGGUGGACGCUGAGGACAGAAUCGAAAAACUCAUCAAUCAGAAGGCCGACCUGGAGAGCCAGCUGAAGGAGAUGGAGGAGAGACUUCUGGACGAGGAGGACGCUGCAGCAGACCUAGAAAGCAUCAAGAAGAAGAUGGAGUCAGAAAACGACGAACUGAAGAAAGACAUUGAAGACCUAGAAAACUCUUUGGCCAAAGCUGAACAAGAAAAGGCAACUAGAGAUAACCAAAUUAAGACUCUUCAGGACGAAAUGGCAUCACAAGACGAAGUAAUUGCUCGCCUCAAUAGAGAUAAAAAGAGUAUGGAUGAGGGUACAAAACAGCUCAACGAGAAACUUCAGGCCGAGGAAGACAAGGUCAAUCACCUCAACAAACUUAAACAGAAGUUGGAGUCUACUCUAGAUGAGCUCGAGGACAAUCUGGAGAGAGAGAAGAAAGUGAGAGGUGACGUUGAAAAGGCCAAGAGGAAGCUUGAGCAAGAUUUGAAAUCCACUCAGGGCGCUGUGGAAGAUCUCGAACGCAUUAAACGCGACCUCGAGGAAGCCAAUAGAAAGAAAGAUGCCGAGAUUGCCAACAUGAACGCUCGUCUGGAAGAUGAGGGUGGACUCGUGGCUUCUCUACAGAGGAAAAUCAAGGAGCUUCAGGCCAGGAUUGAGGAACUUGAGGAGGAAUUGGAAGCUGAAAGGGCUGCAAGAACAAAGGUCGAGAAACAACGUGCUGAAGUUACUAGAGAACUCGAAGAUCUUAGCGAACGUCUUGAUGAGGCUGGUGGUGCAACUUCCGCUCAGAUCGAGUUGAACAAAAAGAGGGAACAAGAACUGUUGAAGCUUCGCCGUGAUUUAGAGGAAUCGACUCUUCAACAUGAAGCACAGGUCUCCUCUCUUCGCAAGAAGCAAACUGACACCGCUAAUGAAAUGGCUGACCAAAUCGACCAACUUCAGAAAGCUAAAUCUAGAUUUGAAAAAGAGAAAAAGGAUCUGCACAGAGAAUGUGAAGAUCUGCAAGCUCAAAUACAACAUGUUACUAAACAAAAGGGAGCUGUUGAUAAGGUUACCAAGCAUCUCGAAAGCCAACUUUCAGAGGCGAAUGCUAAAAUUGAGGAAGCCAACAGACAGAUCCAAGACCUCAAUAACCAGAGGUCCAAGUACAGUCAGGAGUCCACAGACCUUGCCGCUCAACUUGAGGAUGCCGAACACCGAAUCGGCGCUCUUACCAAGGAGAAGGUUGCUCUUGCUAGCCAGUUGGAGGAAGCCAGACGUUCUCUUGAUGAGGAAACAAGAGCCAGACAGAAGUUGCAGAGCGACGUUAGGAACCUGAAUGCUGACAUCGACACCCUCCGUGAACAGCUGGAGGAAGAGCAGGAGUCCAAAUCAGACAUGCAGCGACAACUGUCCAAGGCCAACACCGAGGUACAGAUGUGGCGAGCCAAGUUCGAGGGAGAGGGUACAGCCCGUGCUGAGGAACUUGAAGAGGCAAAGAGGAAGCUCAUGGCCAAGCUUCAAGAGGCCGAGCAAAAUGCAGAGGCAUCUGAGGCCAAGGUUAGCGCUUUGGAGAAGGCCAAAGCCAGACUGCAGGGCGAGAUGGAAGAUCUGAUGAUCGAUGUCGAGAGAGCCAACGCCAACGCCAACUCCCUGGAGAAGAAACAGCGUGCCUUCGACAAAACCAUUCAAGAAUGGCAGCAAAAGGUUAAUGAUCUUCAACAGGAACUUGAAAAUGCCCAGAAAGAGGCCCGUGGUUACUCUGCCGAGCUCUUCCGUGUUAAGGCCCAAUAUGAAGAAAGCCAAGACUCUAUUGAACAAUUGCGAAGGGAGAACAAGAACCUUGCUGAUGAAAUCCACGAACUGACUGAUCAACUCUCUGAGGGAGGUCGCAGCGUUCACGAAGUUGAGAAAGCAAAACGCCGUCUGGAAAUGGAAAAGGAAGAGCUCCAGGCAGCUCUGGAAGAAGCUGAAGCAGCUCUAGAACAAGAGGAAGCUAAAGUGAUGCGUUCUCAGCUGGAGAUCUCUACUAUCCGAUCUGAGAUUGACCGCAGGCUUCAGGAGAAGGAGGAAGAAUUCGAAAACACUCGUCGUAACCACCAACGUGCAAUGGAUUCCAUGCAGGCAAGUCUUGAAGCUGAGGCCAAGGGCAAAGCUGAAAACAUGAGAAUCAAGAAGAAAUUAGAACAGGACAUUAACGAACUUGAAAUUGCUCUUGAUGCUGCCAACAGAGGAAAGGCUGAUUUGGAGAAGAACGUUAAAAAGUACCAACAACAAAUCAAGGAAAUGCAAACUCAAAUCGAAGAGGAGCAACGCCAGAGAGAGGAGGCCCGUGAAUCUUACAAUAUGGCUGAGCGCCGCUGCAUGAUGCUUCAAGGUGAAGUUGAGGAACUCAGAACAGCCCUUGAACAAGCUGAGAGGGCAAGAAAAGCAGCAGAGAGCGAACUCUCUGAAGCCAACGAACGUGUGAAUGAACUUUCUGCCCAAGUGUCCUCUUUCCAAGGACAGAAGAGGAAACUUGAAAGCGAUAUCCAGGCUAUGCAGACCGAUCUUGAUGAAAUGAACAACGAAGUGAAGGCCGCUGAUGAACGCGCUAAGAAAGCUGUGGCUGACGCCGCUCGUCUCACCGACGAACUCCGCGCCGAACAGGAGCACAGCCAGCAGAUUGAGAAGUUCCGUAAGGGAUUAGAAGGACAAAUUAAGGAGCUUCAAGUCAGACUUGAGGAGGCCGAGGCUCAGGCACUCAAAGGAGGAAAGAAGAUGAUCGCCAAACUAGAACAAAGAGUAAGAGAACUUGAAGGAGAACUUGACAGCGAACAGAGAAGACACGCCGAGACCCAGAAGAACAUGCGCAAGGCCGAUCGCCGUAUGAAAGAACUGGCCUUCCAAGCUGACGAGGACCGCAAGAACCACGAGAGACUGCAGGAACUCAUUGAAAAACUGCAGAAUAAGAUCAAGACAUACAAGAGACAAGUCGAAGAGGCUGAGGAGAUCGCCGCUAUCAACCUUGCCAAGUACCGCAAGGUACAGCAUGAGCUCGAGGACGCCGAGGAGAGGGCCGAUACCGCCGAGGGCUCGCUUUCCAAGCUCCGUGCCAAGAACAGGAGCUCUGUGUCUGUUACCCGCACCUCUGUGUCAUCUUCCUCAAUGGGCCCAAUUGUUGGGCGAGGGGGUAGCGUUGCCCCAGUCGUUGGCCGCGGGGGUAGUAUUGCCAGGGCCGAUAGGGCAGCAUCCUCUGUUGCUCCUAAAUAAAUGAUCGGUCCCAUUUGUAAAGGGGCCAAGCUCGAACCCAAAUUUUCUGUCACCACGCAUGCGCGCAUCUUCUUCUUAUCGCUCUGUCACCCCUUCUUUUGAUAUUAAUGACAGCUAUUGAAAAGUGCCGGAAUUGUGCAAUAUGUAGCUUUAGCAAAUGCGCCCCAUCGUCAACAAAUAGACACUGUGAGAUUACCAAUGGGAAAAAGAACGAUAAAAUAAAUUUUAUUAAUAUUUAGCAUGGACUCUCUGUGAAUGUGCAGUUUUUUUUUUUAUUUAUACAUUGUUCAUUUUGUCUUGAAGUCUUAUAAUCGGGUACAGCGUCUAUCACUUCUGUAGGUUGGAGUGUACUCGAUGUAUUAGCACAAUGAAACAACGAUUUAUAUUUUUUUGGUUUCUGUUGUGUUUUGUGACAUAGACAAUAAAGCUAUUGUAUUUAUUAA